AUGGCUUCCGAGCUUGAUCAGUCCCUCGACGAUAUCAUCAAGUCUAAGAAGUCGUCUGGUCGCGGCGGCGGCCGAGGGGGACGCGGAUCCGGAUCUGGCAGGGGCUAUGGUCCUGUUCGCAGAUCUGGACGAGGCGGAUUUCGAUCAACACCAUAUGGCCAGCCUGCUGGUAUGGUAACCGACCGUGCCUGGCAACACGACAUGUACGAUGCUGGCGCUGUUGCUGUUCCGGCAGCCGGUCGUGCCGCAGGACAAGGCAUCGAGACAGGGACGAAGCUCUAUGUGUCGAAUUUGGACUACGGCGUGUCGAACGACGAUGUUAAGGAACUCUUUUCGGAGAUUGGAGAGCUCAAGCGCUUCUCGGUUCACUAUGACAGAAGCGGCCGAUCCAAGGGUACAGCGGAAGUUGUGUUCGCACGGAAAGCGGAUGCUUUGGCAGCCAUGACCCGGUACAACAACGUUCAGCUAGACGGAAAACCUAUGAAAAUUGAGCUGAUCGGUUCCACCGUUGCGCCAGCUGUUCCGGCUGUCGCGAGGGUGGCAGUUGCACCAGCUAUUGUUGCGCCGUUUGGCUUUCCUGCAUGGUAA